AUGGCUGAGAAUCACAACAAUGCCUUUAAUGCUUAUACAAGAAGGACAUUAGGAUCAUAUUCAUAUACUACUCCUAAUCAUGAAAACUGUGGGAGUAGUAUUAUGAUUCCUAAUAACCCUCGAUUCAGACAUUUUCAGCACGAACUGGCUAACUCUCAGGAAGCCUUGUUGGUGGACGCUGCUGACUCCAGCAACAUUAAGCUGGUUCGAGCAUUUUAUGACGCCCUAAGCGCGCGUGACUCUCACGCGGUCCUUAAUCUCGUGGCUCCAGACCUCGAGUGGUGGUUCCAUGGUCCACCGUCCUGCCAGUUCCUGAAGCGCUUGCUAACCGGAGAAUCCUCCUCCUCCGCUUCCACCGCUGCAGGCUCCUUCGAGUUCGUUCCGCUCUCCGUCGUGUCCUUUGGCAGCACCGUCAUCGCCGAGGGCCGCGACGCCGUGCGCUCCGUCGCCUGGGUCCACGCCUGGACAGUCACGGAUGGGAUAAUCACCCAGGUCAGGGAGUACUUCAACACUUCCUUAACCGUUACCAAGAUCGGAGACUCUGAUUCCGAUUCAGAUUCUGGUGAAUCGGAAAUUGUUCCGGCGAGCUCUGACUCCGGAGGGUUCCCUUGCGUUUGGGAGAGCAGUGUCUCUGGUUUCACCGGAAAAUCGGUCCCAGGUCUCGUACUGGCGAUAUAAACAAGGAAAAAUAAUAAUUAAUAAUAAUAAUAAUAAUAUUAAAAAAUAAAUAAAUAAUAUUGUGAAAAACUGAAAAUUAUUAAAAAUAAAAGGGUUGUGCACGUGGCGUUUGGCGAUUCGCUGGUUUCACGGGGGCAUUGAUUUGGUGCGUUUACCUUGAGGCCAGAGAUGUAAGACCCUCUUUGCCUUGGUGCUGUGUAAGAUUUGGUAUUGCUCCUUUUUUUUUUUUGUUAUUUAUUAUUUACUAAUUAAUAUUUUAAGUUCCGAGUGUGCUUUGUGUGGAACCAUUACCGUUAUGGGUGUAUUUUGGUUUUGGUGUUCUACCGAGUUUAAUAUGAUGUGGUCUGAUAAUGAUGCAAUAAGAAUAUGUAAGAAUAUUUGUUUUCA